AUGAUGUCAGGCGGCUUCUUUGGCUGCUCGGUCGGCGGCUUCGUUGCCAGGAACCCCGACAUGUGUGGGAAUCCAGCGCAGCUGAACCUCCCAUCCUUGGUUACGGAGCUCGUCCAGUGCUCGGACCGCCUGAGCUAGGAUAUAUUGUCCAGAGGGGCAUUUGGGGUUGGCCAUCGCUUGAAUGGCGGCUUGAUUGUCAGUGAAGACUAUGCACCUCCCGGCGGCGUUGGUCUUUGCGUGGACCGUCGAGUACGAUCUGGAAUGCCAGCUCCAUUCCCCCUCAGCUCUGCCGCGUACACGGUGGAGGUGGUUGAUGUGCCCAUGUAUUCCAUUCUCUUCGCUCGAAUACCCUGGAUUGCCAGCAUCGGUGCUACCACCGCAGCCCUAACAUGGCCGUCGAUGCCACUUUCAUCAGUGUGUAAACGCAUAGCGUAGAUGGAUCGGUAGCGUCGUGUUCCUUGAGUGCGAUCUCUGGCGACUCAGCGAUGUGGGUGAAUGGUGGGGUCCACCAUGGAGGUACGACGUGUGGUGCGCGUUUCUCUAACUGGUUGAGCUGGAUGUCGUACUUCCUUUCGAGGAUGUUUUGAAAAUCGAUCGAGAGGGCUCGGGUCCUUGUUGUUGCUUCCGCAGAGCGUCAUUUCCGCGUGGAGUGGUGUGGUGCUGAUCCACAUGGUGGCUUCGAGAGCCGUUUGUUCGAGCUGUUGCAUCACUGGACGCAAGUGUGUCCUCGACGUCUAAUGCAGCUCCCGCCGUGGUUCGAAAGGGCCCAGUGAUGAUCUGCGCCGCACGUCGUAGCAUUUACAAUAAAUGCCCUCAGUGACAAAGAUAGCGUUAACCCAUGCAUCCACUAGUUACGGGAACGCGCAGAGCGCAAAAGGCAAGUUGCGCUAGUGUCACUAUGGUUGACCGAGAUUCCCCCAAUCGCGAGCGAGGCGAGGUAGAAAAAACAAAUUUCGCUGGGGCAUCGGAAAGACACUGAAUGCACCAUGGAAGGCUGUGGUCAAAUUCUCCUUUGCACAACCGUUCUCCUUACAGCGAAAACGAUCCCUAGAAGAGGGCCCGUUCCGGCUCUACCAUGACCUGUGGUUCUGGCUUACGUCGUUGGAUUGGGGAAGUUUCUCGAGGGCCCCUUUUUGGGCUCUAACAUUCCCAUUCACUUCCAGAGAAAACGGUUCUAUACUAUCGGAUUUGCCAUUGCCUCCUAAAUCGGUGACCUGUAUGAGAGAAGGCAAUGGCCUAUUUCUCGUCCCCUCUGAAAGAGAGGAUAUCAGGGCCACGACAAAUGAAAUCCUUAAUACCUGCGGGACGAUCGUCGCCGUCCAUGCGAAAGAUACCUCCUAAACUUGCGUCGCCACAAUCGCCCUCGAGUGAUGAUGUCUUCAGUCUCCGCAGCUCAUGCGACCUUGCAAGCUUUUGAAAAGCGAGAUAAAAGAGAAGGAAGCAUCAAAAAAAAGAGUGGUGGGCGAAGAGCGAACGAGAAUUUCGAGAAGCGCAAACGCAGUCUCCUUAGAAAAUGCAAUGAGACUGUUGAAUUAUAUGACGCAGAUCUAUAUAUCGUUGUUCGCCGGAAGGGGAAGUGUACAGUGUAUUCGAGUUGUUUCGUUUCCAGUUGGCCUCCUCGUCAAGAAGAUAUGGAAACCUACUAUCCAGUCCCUGUUGUGAUGACUCCGGAAGAUUUUCGAAGAGAGACUACGGACGACAAGGAAGCUAGCAGUUUGGGUGAGAAAGGUGGCUUCUUUGACGAGCCGACCUCGUCAAGGCCCGCCGCAUGAUCGUCGGUAGUCGGAGGGGGACUCAAAGGACCUUGAAAGCUGUCGGGUGUAGACAGGAUGGAGGAUGGUCAGCCUUGAGUGUUUGGAUGAGCGGCACAGGUAAUAUCAGUUAUCACACCAGCAACUUGAGUAGUGUUCUCAAAACCUCUCUUCCCUUCUAUAGCCACACGUCCUGGUACAUCAACCUCAUCGUCGAUGGUUUGGCCG